AACAAAGCCAUUGACCUUUGCCGACUGUGUUGGGGACGAACUUCCUUUAGGAUGGGAAACUGUGUAUGAUAAACAAAUUGGAAUUUAUUACAUGGACCACAUAAAUAAGCUUACCCAGAUUGAGGACCCCCGAGAGCAGUGGAGGCGAGAGCAGGAGCGCAUGUUGAAGGAAUAUUUAAUUGUAGCCCAGGAGGCUCUCAAUGCCAAGAAAGAAAUCUACCAGAUCAAGCAGCAGCGGUUCGAGCUGGCUCAGGAGGAAUACCAGCAGCUGCACAAAAUGUGUGAGGAUGACAGCCGCUCCUACGCCAGCUCAUUCUCUGGAUAUUCAACAAAUACAAAGUAUGACCCACACCAAAUUAAAGCAGAAAUAGCAAGUCGUCGGGAUAGGCUUUCCAGAUUAAAGCGAGAGCUGACCCAAAUGAAGCAGGAACUGCAGUACAAAGAAAAGGGGGUGGAGACCCUGCAAGAGAUCGAUCGGAAGAUGUCAAGUACUCACACCAACUACAAACUGGAUGAGGCCCAGGCUAUCAUGACUGAGCUCCGGACCAUCAAGAAAGCCAUUUAUACAGGCGAGAAGGAGAGGCGGGACCUGAUGCAGAGCCUGGUCAAGCUGACCGAUGGCUUCAAGAACAGCUGCUCCAUUACUGACUCGCUACAAGAUUUCCCACACGAUCCAGGUGCUCUCGGCCAUUCUGGUGUCCCUCCGCAGUUCUGCGAUGCUGGCUCUCAGACCGAGUUUGUCUUUGAUGAUAAAACAAGGCUCGUAGACCGAGUCAGACUUAAUUGGCAGUAUGAGGAAGCCAGAAAGAGAGUUUCGAACAUCCAGCAGCAGCUGGCCCAGCUCGAAAACGAGUCCUGGCCCGGCAUGGCCGAGGCCGACCGGGACCGGCUGCAGCUCAUCAAGGAGAAGGAGGCCCUGCUGCAGGAGCUGCAGCUCAUCAUCCAGCAGCGGCGGCCGGCGGAGGACGUGGCGCGGCUGGAGCAGGAGCGCAGGCGGCUGGAGGAGGAGCUGCAGCGCGCGCGGGCCACCUCCGCGCAGGGCGCCACCGAGAGGAUUCUACUUCAGGAAAAGAGAAAUUGUCUACUCAUGCAGCUGGAGGAAGCCACCCGCCUAACAUCCUAUCUCCAGUCCCAGUUAAAGAGCCUGUCCGCCAGCACCCUGACGGUGUCCUCGGGGAGCAGCCGUGGGUCCCUGGCCUCCAGCCGAGGCUCGCUCACCUCCAGCCGCGGGUCCCUGAGCUCCAUCAGCUUCACCGACAUCUACGGCCUCCCGCAGUACGAGAAGGCCGACGCCGAGUGCGGCCAGCUCCUGCGCUUCGACCUCGUCCCCUUCGACUGCCUGGGACGGGACGCCCCCUUCGCAGACCCCCCGGGCCACCCGGGCUUCCACAGGCAGAGGCGGUCGCUGGACACGCCCCAGUCCCUGGCGUCGCUGUCCUCCCGCUCCUCCCUGUCCUCUCUGUCGCCCCCGAGCUCGCCCUUGGACACGCCCUUCCUCCCGGCCUCGCGGGACUCGCCUCUGGCGCAGCUGGCGGAUGGCUUUGAGGUGCCAGGCCUGGGUGCCCUGGACAGACUGCGGGCUCAGGCCUCCGCUUUGGGGGACGAAGAUUCGCAGGCCACGGUGUCUCUUCAGCCACACGGAUUCCCUGGGGACGGGGAAGGACCGCAUGAGCGAGGACCCCAAUUGGCCGGGGCUCCCGUGGGUGGAACAGUGACUCUUCGAGAAGACAGUGCCAAGAGGCUGGAGAGGAGAGCGCGCCGCGUGUCUGCAUGCCUGUCGGAUUACUCGCUGGCCAGCGACAGUGGGGUGUUUGAACCCCUAACCAAGAGACGAGAGCGCUUCUACAUGACCCGUGGUAAUCAGUUCCCUGUGCAACCGAGCCGGGGGGUUUCCGAUUGUGCCAGGAGUGAAGAUGCCGAGGAGUGCGCCGCUGGGGACACGUGCGGUAACGAAGACCCCCAGAUCCACGUGGGUGUCCUGCACGACGGCGCCAGCGAGUGUCUCCUCGUGCACGUGCUGCAGCUGAAGAGCCCCGCGGGGCUGGCGGUGAAGGAGGACUGCAAAGUCCACGUCCGCGUCUACCUGCCCCCGCUGGACUCGGGCACGCCCAGCACCUACUGCUCCAAAGCUCUGGAAUUCCAGGCGCCACUGGUGUUCAACGAAGUUUUCAGAGUCCCUGUGCCGUCCGGCCUGCUGGCGCUGAAGUCCCUUCAGUUAUACGUGUGCUCGCUGAAUCUGCAGCUGCAGGAGGAGCUGCUGGGCAUUGCUCAAAUUAACUUGGAAGACUACGACAAUUCCAGCGACAUGCAGCUGCGCUGGCACCCGGUCCAGGUCUUCACCAGCCCAGAGCCACCGAGGACCAGGGAGAGCGGGUGUGCGGGGGACAGCUCGGCAGGGGACCCCGCCUCCAGCAAGACGGACGAGGUGGCGGCGCUGCUGGCCAGAACCACGGCGCAGCUGCAGGCGGUGGAGAGAGAGCUGGCCGAGGAGCGCGUGAAGCUGGGGCGCGCCGAGGAGGAGACCCUGCAGAUGGCGCAGAAGGAAGAGCAGGCCGAGGCCGUGUCUGAGCGGAGCUGGCAGGCCGACUCGAUGGAUAGUGGCUGCAGCAACUGCACCCAGACCAGCCCCCCAUACCCGGAGCCCUGUUGUGUCGGUGUUGAUGCCAUCCAGGGACACGCAUUUGCUGGCCAGGCAGAUCCUUACAGCCCUGAGAAACUUCAGGCCCUGCCUCUUAAGGUUGACAAGGAAACCAACACAGAAGAUCUCUUCCCAGAAGCAGCAGCGAGUCUCCUGCAGGAGCGGCCCAGCCGCCGGGCCCGGGGGGCCCCUUUUGUUCGGAGUAGCACGAUCGUGCGAUCUCAGACCUUCUCGCCUGGAGCACGAAGCCAGUAUGUUUGCAGACUUUAUCGUAGUGACAGUGACAGUUCGACGCUGCCCCGGAAGUCCCCCUUUGUCCGAAAUACUCUGGAAAGACGAACCCUUCGCUACAAGCAGUCCUGCAGGUCCUCCCUGGCCGAGCUCGUGGCCCGCACGUCCCUGGACCUGGAGCUGGAUCUCCAGGCAUCGAGAACGCGGCAGAGGCAGCUGAACGAGGAGCUCUGCGCCCUUCGGGAGCUGAGGCAGCGGCUGGAGGACGCCCAGCUGCGAGGCCAGACUGACCUCCCGCACUGGGUGCUGCGGGACGAGCGCUUCCGCAGCCUGCUGAAGGAGGCCGAGAGGCAGACACGGCAGAGCAAACUCGACUACCAUCAGGAGCAGGCAGCGGAGAAGAUGCUGAAGAAGGCCUCUAAGGAGAUCUACCAGCUGCGGGGACAGAACAACAAAGAGCCCAUCCCAGUGCAGACCUUCAGGGAGAAGAUAGCAUUUUUUACACGACCAAGGAUUAACAUACCUCCUCUCCCAGCUGACGACGUUUGAUGUAGUGCAUUGUGCACAUGAAGUAUUUAUCUGCCUGUUUAUUUUCAUGAAGUUCUUAGACUAGCUAAAUUCGUCUUUAAAAUAUUUGUGCAAAGCUAUUAAUAUACACAUUUUGUAAAAAAAAAAAAAAGAAAACCACAUAUAUCUAUACAUAUAUAUUUUAUAAUAGUGACGGCAACAAGGCUUGGUUUUUCCUUGUUGUGAAAUCGACAUCUCUGAAGACAGGUUAUUUUAUAAAAGAUCAACUAUCGUGUUAAGAAUGUACAGUUUUUAUGCUGUUUUAUUUGACUUAAAGGCUGGAAGACAGAAACGAAGUGAGUUCAGGCAAAUUCACUGUAUUGUAAUUUAUUUAUAGUACUUUUUUUUCCUUGAAGGAAAAUACUGACUUUAAGAUGUAUUUUAAGACUGAAAUUUUGUU